UUUCUCAACUCGGAACGGUAUAGAUGAACUUUUAAAAGCGAUCGAUCCACCACAAUUCAAAUGUAAAUUAUUUUUUGUAAAACAUUUUAUGACACGAUACACAUAUUUUUAAAAACUAAGAGCAACAGGCAGACAAAUAGACUGUGUCGAGUGCUACUAAACUUUCGAAUGAGAAAUAAUUUUGUUGCUAAAGAAAAUCGGUGAACUUGCAUAAAAAUAACGCAUUCAAACGAUAUUGUGCAACUGCCAUCGCGACCUCCAUUCAGCCAAACUGUUAUAGUAUCCAGAGAAAUGCACAUUCACCCGAGCUCCCCGAAUUCAGAUAUAUCGCUGCAAUCGGAGGAGAGUGCCGCCAUUAAAAUACAAGCCGGUUUUCGUGGUUACAGAGUGCGUAAACAGUUGACUGGCCGUCCACAUUCUCGCAAUACGUCCAACGGUUAUCAGGGUUUCAAUUCGAUUUUGCGUCGUCAGCAGCGUCAUCAACAGAGCGGCAUGUCGCAAAAUCAGGGUUCUGGCAGUAACGGUGUAACAUCGGCUCCAGCACAGCUCAGACAAGAACGUAGCGGUGAAUCAGAAAACGCCUCUGUAGAAGAUCGUUGUGCUACAAAAAUUCAAGCUGGAGUUCGCGGUUUCUUGGUUCGCAAAAAACAAAAGGCAGCCGCUGAUGCAGCCACAAAGAUACAAGCCGGAUUUCGUGGAUUCAAAGCUCGCAAAGAAGUUCAAAAAAUUAAACAGAAAUAGAUUUUAAAACAUAGUUAAAUACAUACCUAUAUUUGAUUACUUAACAAAUAAUAUCCAAAGACAAUAUGCAUACUUAGUUGGUGAUAAUAUCCCGAGUGUACAUAAAAUGCAAAUCAAUCAACUAUUCAAGUUCAACUAUUCAACCAUCGCAUCCAUCCAAUCAAAUUGUCUGUCCAUCGUUUACAUACUUAUAACCCACACAAAUAAUUCCUUAAUUGAUUGAUAACUAUACUAUCUACUAUCUACUAUGCUAUAGUAUUGUAUUGUAGUACUACUUAGUAUAUUUAUUACGAGUAUAUGUUGCUUUUGAACAAACAUAGAUAAUUAUGUUAGUAACUACUAAAUCUUGCAUAGAUAUACAUAUAAUUAACUAUUUAUUUAUUUAUUGUAGUGUAUUUGAAUAGUAGGUAGAUAGAUCUUUAGAUUUAGAUCUGUUCGAGCAAACGUGUACUUUUAAGCUUUUUAGACAUGUAUAGAAUAAUGAAUUUUAUUAAAAUGUUUAACUUAGAUUGUAGUGAAUGUAUUUCCCCACAUUAAUUUAAGUAAAUAUUUGUGUAAAUCUAACUAAAUGUAGGUCUCUUAUUAAUUUGUUCAUUAUUAUUUUUAGUUUUUAUUUUAAUUAUUAUUAUUACUUAUUAGUUAUUACUUAUUAUUAUUUUAUUUUUCUUUUUGUUUUGCGUUCUAAGAAGUAUUUCGUAGUAACUUAUAAAUUUUAUUGUGUUAAUUGUACGAACAAAUUGUACGCCAAACAAAAAAUACAUCCAUUAUACAUUAUACAAACAAAAAUUUACAUUUAAAUACAUAAAACAAUAAUACAAUUUAAAUAAAAUUAAAACAAAAACUAUGUAUUUACUAAA